CGGUGCGCCGGCCACUCAGGGGAGGAGCGCCGGGCAGAGCCGGGAGAGAGGCCGGGGGGUCGGGCUGCAGCUUUCCCAGAGCGACUCGAGAGGCGCAGCGAGGAGAUUCGCCCCUCCACCGUCUUUUUGGAUUUGCUGAACUGCCCAACAGCGAAGAGGAGCGGAUCGGCUGUGCGAUCCUCAGCAGUGCCCUGAGACUGUAUAGCCGGAGCCGCGGAGAGCGCACCUGCACCUGGAGCACACGAGACAAGCCAGUCAUGACGGCAGACAAGGAGAAGAAGAGGAACAGUUCAGAGAGACGGAAAGAGAAGUCUCGCGAUGCUGCCCGUUGUCGGCGGAGCAAGGAGACGGAGGUUUUCUACGAACUGGCACACCAGCUGCCUCUGCCUCACAGCAUCAGCUCCCACCUAGACAAAGCUUCCAUCAUGCGCCUGACCAUCAGCUUUUUAAGGACUCGCAAGCUCCUGUCAUCAACUAUACCAAGCAGCGACAGCGGAAGUGACAAAUAUAUUGACAGCUUAUACCUAAAGACUCUGGAUGGAUUCAUCGCUGUGGUGACACAAGAUGGGGAUAUGAUCUUCUUGUCAGAAAACAUAAACAAAUUUAUGGGCCUCACACAGGUAGAACUAACUGGGCACAGCAUCUUUGACUUCACCCACCCCUGUGACCAUGAAGAAAUUCGAGAAAAUCUCAGUCCAAAACAUGGUCCUGGCUUCAGCAAGAAGAACAGAGAAGCAAGUUCAGUGCGUGACUUCUUCAUGCGGAUGAAGUGCACCGUUACCAACCGUGGCCGCACUGUUAAUCUAAAAUCUGCAAGUUGGAAGGUCCUGCACUGCACUGGCCACCUCAAGAUGUACAAUAGCCACCACCCUCACACUCUGUGUGGCUUUAAGGAGCCACCCCUGAACUGUGUCAUCAUGAUCUGUGAACCCAUCCCACAUCCCAUCAACAUAGACAUCCCGCUGGAUAGCAAGACCUACCUGAGUCGCCACAGCAUGGACAUGAAAUUCACAUACUGUGAUGAGAGGAUUACUGAGUUGAUGGGCUACUCCCCUGAGGAGCUGCUCGGACGAUCCAUCUAUGAUUUUUACCAUGCGCUUGAUUCUGAUAGCUUGACCAAAAGCCAUCAUAACCUGUGUACUAAAGGACAGGCCGUUUCUGGGCAGUACCGCAUGCUGGCAAAGCAUGGUGGGUAUGUAUGGAUUGAGACCCAAGGGACGGUUAUCUACAACAGUCGCAACUCCCAACCACAGUGCAUCGUGUGCAUCAAUUAUGUGCUGAGUGAGAUUGAGGAAGACAGCAUCAUCUUUUCCAUGGACCAGACAGAGUCACUUUUCAAGCCACACGUCAUCAGCAUGAGCAACUUCUUCUCAAGUGGCAUGCCAACAUCUGACAGCAGUGAGCUUCUGUUCACAAAGCUGAAAGAAGAGCCAGAAGAACUUGCCCAACUGGCUCCCACACCUGGAGAUGCCAUCAUUUCCUUAGACUUUGGGGCACAGCCAUUUGAUGAACCUCCCAUCUUCAAUCAGAAGGCGAUUCAUCCUCCCAAGAAGCCUUGGCCUCAAGUGGAGAACAUCAAGACAAGCAGCCAUUCAGAGGCAAACAACCUUGGAGCCUUCAUCGUACCACAAGGAGCCCCUGGGAGCUGCACGCCCAGCCUCAGUAGCACUAGCAGCUGUUCAACGCCAAGCAGUCCAGGAGACUACUACAGCACCAUGGACAGUGAAUUGAAGGUGGAACUGACAGAAAAGCUGUUUGCAAUGGAUACUGAAUCCAAAAGCCAGUGCAAAACUCAGCCAGAGCUCAGUGAUUUGGACCUGGAGACCCUAGCACCUUAUAUCCCAAUGGAUGGAGAAGAUUUUCAAUUGAACCCUAUCUGCCAGGAGGAACAUCCUCUGGUUGAGAAGCCUCCCAGUAACAGGAAUCCCAGCUUUAGCAAUGUCACCAGUCUCUUUCAGCCUCUGGUUUCGGAUAAGUUCUGCUCUGUCUUUGCACCACCCAACGAGAAGCCAACUUCCAACACUGUGCCCCAUAGACCCCACACUCUCCUGUCCUAUGCAGGAAGUAACGUGGCACCCCCGUACUUAACCCCUUCCAGCACUCCACUUUCUUCAAUGGGAGGACGGCAAAACAUACAGUGGCCUCCCGAUCCUCCAUUUAAUUGCCCGCUAGCGAAGUGGAGAGGUGUGGAUCAGCUUUCAGGGAUAACGGCGCAUCAGCCACACCACCAGCCUUCAGUCUACAAACAAAGGUCUCUUGAAGACUUCUUUCACCAAAACAAAGAAAUGAUCGCAGUACAACAGGAUUUCAUCAGCAGUUUCAAGCGCAAAAGACACUUGGAGUUUAGCCAACAGACAGCGUUUCAGGAGGAGGCUCUGGGAAAUCCACCACAAAGCAAAGCCACGUGGAAGAAGCUGAAAGCUGUCAAAGCUGAAAACCGUACAUUGAUUGAGAAAUCUCUCAGCACAAGUGCAAUACCAGACAAAUUUGAUCCUGGACAAGAAGUAGCAGAACAACCACUGAACUCACUCCAGCACAAGAUGUCUCUUUGUUCAGAACACGGUGCUAACGAUCAAAGAAUCGCAUUUCCACGGCAACCAUAUGGACCAGGAUAUCGAGAAUUUACCGUUCUGCCGGCACAAAAACUUGAAGGUAUGGCAACCCGCCUACUUGGACCAACCUUCGACAGCUACUCGUUGCCAGAAUUGACCCGAUAUGACUGUGAAGUCAAUGUGCCACUCCACGGGCACCUGAACCUAUUGCAAGGAAGCGACCUACUGCGGGCACUUGACCAGGGCUCCUAAAAGCAGCUGCAGUAACCUGUAGCUUGUAUCAGUUUAAAUGAAUGCAGCUUUUGUUCUUUUAUUAAAAAAAAAAUAUAUAUAUUUUUUUUUUUUUGCAGGUAGACAAUUUCUAAUACAGAUAUUACGACUUUACAUACUUGUUCGCUGUGUAUGCAUUUACCAGUGGUGGCCUUUUCCUCUGUAGUAAACUCACACAUUUACAGACCUGAGAGAGAAAGAGAGAGAUUGUAUGCAUUAUUCAGUUCACUGUUAAGCAAAUCUGCAUUGCCUUAAAACGUAAAGAAGGAUUUGGAUUUUCUUUAUCCCUUUCAUUUUCAUUUUUUUUUUUGUUUUGGAAGGGGGGCUGUGUUUCAUGUAACAGCUUAGCUAGUGAGAUCCAUUCCUGAGUGCAUUGUGAAAGCUUGAUCUUUUGUCUCCUUCCUCUUUCUCUCUCUCUCAACAUAUUCACGUAGGAACACACUAACCUUUCAGCCGUAAACACUUUGGUGUGGGAGAGGGUCAAUGUUUAUCUAAAUUAACAGUAGCAUAUUUAUAGAACUAUAGAGAAAGAGAAACUUGGACUAGAGUGAUCUCUGUAGCCUCCUUAUCUGGAAUUUCUCUCUCUCAAGUAAACCGAAAAGUGCACUCUUGAGCUUUUCCACAUAUUCUAUUCAUAAUUCACGUCAAAGCAGUUUCAUAUUAACUUGCCUUGGUACUUUAAAAAGAUCUAUCCACUCAGCACCAAAUGAAGCCUUGUUCACAUUCUGAAACAACAUUAACAGCAAAAAAAAAAAUGACUAUUUUAUUGUAUUAUUGUUAUUAAUAUAUUUUGUGUUGAUUAGUAUUUACCUGUUGUAAAAGUGGCAUUUGAAAGCAAUCUGAAAGAGAAAUGUUGCAAUCAGGUCAGUGCCGGGUAGGCAACUGAUGUCCUGUUUAAUGUGUAGCAGAAUUUAUGUUUGUAAUUUAAGAAAAGAAAAGUAUAUUUUAUAUAUUACACACGCACACACAUGCAUAUACGUAUAUGUACAUAUAUAUAUAUGUGUGUGCAUAUAUAAAAAAAAGUCGCACUGCAUUACCCACAUGCCUUUUUGUUUUGUUCUCAGGACCCUGAUUUGCUCACCAUUCUUGAACGGGCCCAUUGCUUGAUUUGCCUUUAGAGCUGACUACUCUACUUCUUGCCUGCAUUUUUAAAAUAUAUAUAUAUAUAUAUAUAUAUAUAUAUAUAUAUAUAUAUAUAUAUAUAUAUAUAUAUAUAUAUAUAUAUAUAUAUAUACACAGGGUAAUUCAAAAAGAUUCAUCUGAUUUCCUAAUGGUUUAUUUCACUUGUAAAUCAUUACAGAACAAUGCAGCAUAAAGUUUAUCAUACAAUUUUUACAAGUGCUCAAUAUGGCCUCCCGCAGCUGUUCAGACAGCAUCAACGUGACAGUCAGAUUCAUCCCAUCCUCGAUUGUCACUGUACUCACGGCUCUCUCAAUGCAAUUUCCGGAGAUUGUCCAGUGUUGUUGGACGUGGUGGCACAUAAACAGAAUCCUUAACGUACCCCCACUGAAAAAAAAGUCACACGCUGUGACAUCUGAUGAUCUUGGGGGCCAGAAGUGGGAAGUUGCCAAACUGUGGGUUCCUUUACGGCCGAUCCAGCGAUGAGGGAGCUUGUUGUUGUUGAGAAAUGCGCAGACUGAAGGCAGCCAUCUUGUGGUGAAACUCUCUGACCCCAUCUUUCAAUUGGUAUGUGCGCCUCACGGUUGUAAAAAUAUGGCACUUUGAAUCUUUUUGAAUCACCCAGUAUAUAUAUAUAUAUAUAUAUAUAUAUAUAUAUAUAUAUAUAUAUAUAUAUAUAUAUAUAUAUAUAUAAUCUGCCUUUCUGUGCCAGGGUGACACCCUACCCAUUUCUGCUGGUUCAACCAGUGAAAAGUCUGCUAUGCCAUAUCAAAUUUGAAAUAUAAUUUAUAGCUUUCUGUACUGACGAAUACCAGUUGUAUUUCCUUUGUUCUCAAGCUCUGUUUGAUUUUCGUAAGCUGGAUUGCUGAUGCUUCAGAAGGUGGUGAAAGAUGAGAUGCCAUUCAUUAUGGGAGGCUGCUCUGCCCUGACCAGUGCUGCGACUUCAAUAUGUGCCAUGGCUUUGGGCUGUGCAAAAACUUGGUAACUCUGCACUGAUAGCACCUAAAUUCUGGAACUCUGUACCCCCUCCCCCCUUUAUAAAAUGUCCUUCAUCUAAAGACAUUACCUAUAAAAAAAUAAUCUUUAAGUCAGAAUUGGACUGAUGGAAAAAGAGCAAAUGAUAACAACCAAGAUGGAGGAUUCAUGAGAAGGCUUCCCCUUGAACGUGUCUCUCAAAGUUUUGUGCUGCAGCUGGAGCGCCAACAGUGCCUGAACUGUAACCCAAAGCCCAUGUGCUGCCGGACCCCAAUGCUUAUCAAUCCUCUCGAUGCCCUUUCAAAUCUGCCUGAUUAUCGUGUGAAGAAGCUGGCACCAGUUUUGUGCUCACGUGGCAUCUGAUGGGCAACCUGCUGCUUCUUUUUCCCUCUUGUUUCUUGCCUUUUUAAUAAGCUUGUUUUUUGUAUCUCUUGACCAAACUACUUUCAUCGACGGCCAUUUUUUAAGGUUUGAUAGGUGCAUUAAGUGAUGACCAGUAACUUCUGAGCUCUGCUGCGGAGUUCGUAUUGGCAUUAUUUGUGUAACGGGGGCCUUUAACCCAGUGAGGUGUUGUAUCUUUACACUGAUAUCCUAUUAAAGUAUACUGAUCCUACACUG